AGAAGUUUUUUUCUUCUUUCAGUUCUUUCGCUCAGUGUUUUUCAUACUCUGGCUGAUUCAUUUGUUUAUCCUUUAAGUAAUGUAUUAAAAAUAGUGAAAAAAUCCUUGAGAUUUGCAAAAAAAUAAGCCUUUUUUAAAAGGCUGCCAUUAAAAUAGAAGGACGUCAGACAACGAAUAAGUAUAAAAAAUUAAAACACAAAUAGCCAACAUUGGAGUGCAAGAAAAAAAGGAAAAAUUAUAAAUUUUUAACAAAGACUUGGGAAAAACACCACCAGGCAGACGCAAGGGGGCCAUUAUUUGUUUGUGCCAGAAGGUGGUAGAGAAAGUUAUUCAAGUUUUAAUCUAAUUUAUUGGACGUGGGUAGUGUGACAAAAAAAAAGGUGUCUUAAAACAUGUCUGGAGAAGAAACGUCAGCAGAUCGCAAUGUGGAAAUAUGGAAAAUAAAGAAAUUAAUCAAAAGUCUGGAAAUGGCUCGUGGCAAUGGCACUAGCAUGAUUUCUUUAAUUAUUCCACCCAAGGAUCAAAUAUCCAGAGUUAGUAAAAUGUUGGCGGAUGAAUUUGGCACCGCCUCCAACAUUAAAUCACGUGUUAAUCGUCUCUCUGUCUUGGGUGCCAUCACCUCGGUCCAACAUAGACUUAAACUGUAUACCAAAGUGCCUCCCAAUGGUUUGGUCAUCUACUGCGGUACUAUUGUCACCGAAGAGGGUAAAGAGAAAAAGGUUAAUAUCGAUUUUGAACCCUUUAAACCCAUAAAUACCUCGUUGUAUUUGUGUGACAAUAAAUUUCACACUGAAGCACUGACCGCCCUUUUGGCCGAUGACAAUAAAUUCGGUUUUAUUGUUAUGGACGGUAAUGGUGCACUAUUUGGCACCCUACAAGGCAACACCCGUGAAGUUUUGCACAAAUUUACCGUUGAUCUGCCGAAAAAACAUGGUCGUGGUGGUCAAUCAGCCCUGCGUUUUGCACGUCUACGUAUGGAGAAACGUCACAACUAUGUGCGUAAGGUAGCCGAAGUAGCCACUCAAUUGUUUAUAACAAAUGAUAAACCCAACAUAGCGGGCCUUAUACUGGCGGGUAGUGCAGAUUUUAAAACGGAACUCAGUCAAUCUGAUAUGUUUGAUCCGCGUCUACAAUCAAAAGUCAUUAAAUUGGUAGAUGUUUCUUAUGGCGGUGAGAAUGGUUUUAAUCAGGCUAUUGAAUUGGCUGCCGAAUCCUUACAGAAUGUUAAAUUUAUUCAGGAAAAGAAACUUAUAGGUCGCUAUUUUGAUGAGAUUUCUCAGGACACUGGCAAAUAUUGUUUUGGUGUUGAGGACACUUUACGCGCCUUAGAAUUGGGCUCAGUGGAGACUUUAAUAUGUUGGGAAAAUUUGGAUAUACAACGUUAUGUUUUGAAAAAUCAUGCCAAUUCAACAUCAACCACGGUAUUGCAUUUAACGCCGGAACAGGAAAAGGAUAAAUCACAUUUUACUGAUAAAGAGACUGGUGUAGAAAUGGAAUUAAUUGAAUCUCAGCCUUUGCUGGAAUGGCUGGCGAACAAUUAUAAAAUGUUUGGUGCCACUCUCGAAAUAAUCACUGACAAAUCUCAAGAGGGCAGUCAAUUUGUAAGAGGCUUUGGUGGCAUUGGCGGUAUUUUACGCUAUAAAGUUGAUUUUCAGUCCCUACAAGCUGAUGAACCUUUGGAGGAUGUUGAUCUUGAUGAUUAUUAAAUUUGUUAUUAUCAUACAAUUAUAUACAUUAUAUAUAUUUUUUCCAGCAUUUUUCAUAUUUCAAGAAAUGUAACUGAAAACCAAACCAAGAAGCAGCUUGUUCAUCUCACAUUAAAAAUUAACAAAAAAAAGAAUAAUAAUUGAAAACGAUUUGAAGGAAAAAAGAAAAUACUUUAACAAUUGUCAUUACUAUAUAUAUUUAAACCCUAUAAAAAAAAACGUAAAUAUAUGGUGGCUAGUAGUUUUUUUAAUAACAAAUUCCUAGUUAUAUAUGCUAGUGAUUGUAGUUUUUGUAACAAUUUCUUAAACAUUCUUUACUUUAAAAAAUUAAAAUAAAUGUGUGUAAUUUUUAGUUUUAAAUAUUUAACUUUUCGAAAAUUUACAAACUGCUAACCACGUAGUAUGAUUAACAAACCAAAAAAAUGAGUAAUAAAAAAAUUGAAUUGAAUUGAAAUACUAAA